GCCGUGUAAUUGAUGCGUAGUUUUCAGAAGCGCGAGACGAUUUUGACUCUCCCCUUUCCCUCCUCUCCCUGCCCGGAGCGAGGGUUUUCACUUUCCUGAAAGCGCCAUGGAAGGUUCCUCUUCUUCUUCUUCUCCACUUUCUCGUUCUCCUUCGUAUUCUGCUCCGAACCGGAAUUUCGGCGGCGCCUCCAAGUAUCUCGCCAACCUCCCCUCGCGCGGCCUCUUUUCCUCCACUGUCCUCUCUUCAAAUCCGGGUGGAAUGCGAAUUUACAUAUGUGAUCAUGAAACAUCACCUCCAGGGGACCAGCAAAUACAGACAGACAAAAUGAACAUUCUGAUUAGAGCUCUCACUCUUAAGAAGAAAAAGGGUGAGUCAGGUGUGAAGGAUGCAAAGGCUAUAACCACAACUGAUGGUGCAAAGAAAAGGGCUGCCGAUAAAUCGUUGGAUGGCAGGGCUUCAGCUAAGAGAGCUAUGACUAAUGCUCAAAGUAGUUCUCAAGAUGGGGCAAGCACUCGCACAUCAGAUAGGGAUUUCAGCAGUUUGACUGUAGAGAGGCUCCGUGUCCUUCUAAAGGAGCGAGGUCUUUCCCUCAGAGGAAAAAAGAAUGAAAUGGAUUAGGAAUAGAAUGGAUUGAAAAUUUGCAUAGAGAGACAUAUGAUGAAAUCAAUUGAUAAAUUCAAUUUAAUUCUGUCCGACUCCAUUCCAAUUCUACACACCAAAAAUGUAGUUAGUGGUUCCUGUAAUGGUUCACUGGAGCUUCACAGAGUCUUCCAACUGCAUCUCAUAUGCGAUUCAUGGAAGUUUCUUUCUCAUUCCUUCCCCUCAUAUUUGCGUGCAGGAUGAACUCAUUGCUCGAUUGAGAGGUGUAAAUGGUUGACUUUAGUUUGGGAGGUGGGAGGAAGGCAGGAAAUUAGAUGGUACCUUCACCCCUUUUGAUGUCCCCUAAACAUGAAAUUAUGUUCUUGAACUAGUUUGAGUUGUAUGUUGACUGCUAGUUAUUUAAUAUUAGUACCAAAUAUUUUUGAAGAUAAACUCAAAUCCUUUUCGUUGUUUUGAAUUGACCCAAAUAUCUUUUCUGUUGUCAAUGAGGAUAAUGAAUUUGUAAUGGCGCAUGCCUCCCUAUCCUUACUUAUUAAAGCUUUUUGACCA